AUGUCUGAAAUGGACUUUCGCAAAAUCUCAAAAGAAUUCCCUCCGUCCAUUCUGACACUUUUACAAACAGAAUACAUUCUACUUGACACUUUAAUUCGAAAAUCAAAAGAUCAACAUAAAUCUCAAAUCUUCUUUUCUAGACUUUUGGCCGUUCGACGUUAUUCGAAACUCGUUCUGUACUCUUUACUCGACCGUCUCCCCUCACAAACUUCAUCCUCUUCAACUCUCAAGCAGGAUCAACAUCUCCCAUCUAGGGUUAGCCCAAAUAACAUAUAUCAUGUCGCUUCACCUUUUGGUACUCCUGACAAGCGGUCAGAUGACAAGAUAUCAAAAGAUCUACAACAUUUGAAGAUUUUGAUAGAUAAGCUAAUUCAAGCCUUGUUCACAGCGACGCAAUCAAGUCAACAAAUCGUUCAACUCCGAUAUUUCCUUCCACUCCACACUGUCUUAAUAUCGAUGUACGCUAGACUUUUCACCAUUUGUACUAGUAUAGAUAUCUGGUUAAGUCCACAACUCCUUACAAACAUUCCAACCACAGAGGUUGAUCGUAAAUCUCAGGUGAUGGAAGUGGAGACAUAUACCGAUUUGGGUGUUCAAGAUGUUGGAGAGAAGAUUGAACGACAAGUCUCAUCAUCUAUCAACGUUGUUCCUCUAUCAAAAAUGAUACGAACAGAGGCAGACAGGAAAGAGGAGAAAGAGACGGUGAUAGAUACCAUCAUGGUCGGAGAAAGACCAUUUUCAAAUGAUCUCACGGAAGACAAUCACCAGACCAACGUCCAAGUACAAAUAAAAGAAGCUGUCGGUUCACCCUCAAUGAAGUCAACCACAAAGAAGAAACGAAAACGUGAUGUCAUGGAUGACAUCUUCGGCUUUUAA